CUAAAUAUGUAUGGAACAUACAUAUAGAUACACGUGCACAUAAAAAUCUGAGAGAUAAGUCCAAAGUAUCAUGUUUUCUAUGUUAAAGAUAACUUGCAUCUCUCGCUCUCGUUCGCGUGUGACUUUUCGAGCAUUUUGGUCCAGUUUACAAGUCUCAUCCGCGCAUUUCGGAUAUAAAAAAAUGUCCGAGUUAACGCAAGUCCAAAGCAACAAAAUUUUUGGAGGAUGGCAGAAGGUGUAUUCGCACAACAGCACAGAAUUAGGAUGCAAGAUGAGAUUCGCUGUCUAUCUACCACCCCAAGUCGAAGAGGGCCCCGUGCCGGUUAUCUAUUGGCUGUCUGGGCUCACCUGCACCGAGGCUAAUUUCAGCGAGAAAGCUGGAGCUCAGAAAUACGCUGCGAAUUAUGGCGUGCUUCUUGUUAUACCUGAUACGAGUCCUAGAGGACUGAAUAUUCCUGGGGAGGACGACAGUUACGACUUUGGCAGUGGUGCGGGGUUCUAUGUGGAUGCGACACGCGAACCGUGGAGUAAAAAUUACAGGAUGUACAGCUAUGUCACCAAAGAACUGCCUGCUUUGAUUAAUAAGGAAUUCCCAACUUUAGCGGACAAACAGUCUAUAAUGGGUCACAGCAUGGGAGGACAUGGCGCUUUAAUAUGCGCCUUUAAAAAUCCUGGACAGUAUAAAACAGUCUCAGCCUUCGCACCUAUAAGCAAUCCAAUUUUGUGUCCAUGGGGAAAGAAAGCUUUCAAAGGAUACCUGGGGGGACCAGAAGAUAAUGUUGCGUGGAAAGAAUGGGAUGCUACAGAAUUAGCAAAAGUAUACGAUGGUCCACCUUUGAGCAUUUUAAUAGAUCAGGGUAAAGAAGAUCAGUUUCUGAAACAAGAUCAAUUAUUACCAGAAAAUUUAUUAAAUGCUGCCAAGGAUAACGGGAUUGCACUCGCUCUCAGAUUUCAGGAUGGUUAUGAUCAUAGCUAUUACUUUAUAGCUACAUUUAUCGAGGAUCACUUCAAGCAUCAUAUAAAAUAUCUUAAAAGUUAAGUAUGUUCAAUAUUGUUAAAGGCAUUGGAUUUUUGAAAUA